CUGGUUACGAUUCAUUUCUUUAUAAAGCUAUCAGUCCAUUUUCAGUACCACGCAGGGACGAUUGCUAAUAUUCGCGAGGCAUGCGAAUCGUUCAGUGAAGUCCGCCAAAUUGGCAUCGCUUUGGACACAAAAGGUCCUGAAAUCCGUACCGGUAUUCUGGUCGGUGGACCGUCGGCUGAGAUAGAAGUCGUGAAAGGAGCUUCGAUUCUCCUCACUACGGACGAACAUUUCAAGGAUUCGAGUACGGCAAUUAAUCUUUAUGUGGACUACAAAAAUAUUUCAAAGGUGGUAAAGCCAGGAUCUCACGUUUUUGUCGAUGAUGGUCUCAUUUCUCUUGUUGUCGACGAGAUUAGGGAGAAUACAGUUAUAUGUACAGUUGAAAAUGGAGGAAUGCUCGGAAGCCGCAAAGGUGUGAAUCUUCCUGGCACUAUUGUUGACUUACCAGCUAUCUCUGAUAAGGACAUACAGGUACAUUAUGGUGUAAUUCUCUUUUUAUUGCUGCGUCCAAAGUGGCGAGUGUGA